AUUGUCAACAACUGUGCAACAUGAAGGUAACUUUGGUCUUCCUGGCAUGCUGCAUUGCAGUGGGAAUAGCUGCUCCAGAAAAAGGAUUGUUUCUGAACUUGAGUAAUGGUGAGCUCUGCAUUGGAAGCUUUCAAUGCAAGAGUGGAUGUUGCCAGAGAGACACUGGACUGAGUCUUGCAAGGUGUGCUUCUAAAGGUGCUGAAAGAGAUGCAUGCUCAAAUCAUCUCCUGUAUAAUGUUUAUUACAAAUGUCCCUGUGAAAAUGGUCUGAAGUGUGACGGCGAUAAAUCCAUCAUUGGUUCAAUAACAAACACUAACUUUGGAACCUGCAAGGACCCAAAUGAUAUAGCUAAAGCCAUCAAGCCAGACAGAGUGCAAUAAUGUCAAUCUGCUCUCUAUCGACAAUCUUUGCUUCAAUCAAUGCAAAAUUGCAAUAUCUAUAUCUGAAUAUACAAUGAUAUGAAGACAAGUUAGAUUGCAGACAUCUGUUCUUAUCUAAUAAGCAACUUGUUGCAUGAAAUCAUGUUCCAUUUUUGGAACCAAUACAAAACUUUCAAUGUUUCAGUUCAAAUAUGCUAAUACUUCUAAUUAUUCAUUCUAUUAUGGCAUGCUAUUUUUCUGCAAUCUUUUGUAUGUUUUACAAUGACAAUUUAUAUCUAUCCACUGUUGAAUCCAUGUUUAUGAAAGAAAGGACAAUAUUGCACAAGGUUCAGGAUAUUAGAACCGCAAAUUUACUUCUUUGAAAUCUAACUUUCAACAAUUAUGAAAUGAUGAUAUUGCUCAAACAAAUGAUUUCAGUUUAAUUUUGUUUCGGUGACUUUGAUGUUUUGCUCUGAAAACUAUAAUAAAAAAAAUGAUUUAUCCGA